CCACAUUCUCAUCAUCAUCUCCAACGGCCAUAUCGAUGAUCCCGCUAUGGCCCGACGAGCAAUCGUAGAGGCAUCAGAGUACCCGAUUUCGAUCAUUAUGGUUGGAGUGGGUGAUGGCCCGUGGAGCAUGCUGCGCGAGUUCGACGACCAGCUCCCAGAGCGUCGUUUUGACAACUUCCAGUUCGUGAACUACAACACGAUUCCAAGGAGCAGUCUUAACAAUCCGGACGGAGGCUUUGCUAUGCAGGCGCUCAUGGAGAUCCCAGAGCAAUACAGUCGUAUCCGAGAGCUCGGGCUGAUCAAGGACUAAACCGAGCAGCUAUCUGUUGUCUGGGUGAUAGUCCACCACUACAAUAACCAUGCAACUUUACUCUUGGGAUCAUUACAAUGAAUGCACGUUACGUAUCCGUCUUCCAUGUACAUGUGCCUGCACAUACGAGACAAUUGUACGAGGCAAAUUCUCUUGGGACUUGUGAAGCAACUACAAUGAGAAUGCUGUCGCUGUUGCAGGUAAACGUCAAAGCAGACAUCAUCAACAUACAUGAAGAUGAGGCGGCUGCAUUCCACGGGUUUGCAAUGCCGUCACCCAGCUUUGCUGCUGCGCUGGCAUUUGUCGCAGGAGUCCUGCUGCAGGAUUGAACCAACCAAGUGGGUUGGUACCCGUUCAACUUCAGUUUGUGUGUUCCACUUCAUCUGCGACACGCGGUAUCGGUAGUCGAAGCACCAAUCCAUGCUGUCCGCCGACGCCAAGGGCAUGCCGUACAACCAGUACCUGGGCCUGCUGCGCAAGCGCGGCACGCUCGUCAUGCUGGGCAUUCCGAAUGACGAGAUCAAGUUCCUGCCCUGGGCCGCGGCAUUCGUGUGGUGGGCAGCCUCAUUGGCAGCAUCGAGGACAUCGAGGACAUGCUCAAGCUCGCCUCCGAGAAGAACGUGCGCCCCAUCAUCCAGAAGCUCCCCAUGGCCAAGGUCAACGAGGGCAUUACCAUCACGCGUGAGGGCCGCGCUCGCUACCGCGUCGUCCUGGAAAACUAAGCAGCGGUAGUAGCCCACGACAAAGUAUACUUUAGUUAGAUCAGAGUUGGUCAACUGAAUCCAACAACUUCAGCUUGAGCUUUACAUGCACUGAUUAGUAUGGUUUCGCUCGACUAAUCUUGCAGAUUAUGGCCAACGGGUUUCCAGGAGGUCAGGUCAAGUAAUCACAGCUUGAUAUUGGUGUCUCUCUCAUUCGAGCUAUGGGAAGGCAACUCGCAGUUCUCGCAGCGCUAGGGGUGUCCCUAAGUGUGCUCUUGAGCAGCCUCUCCAUUCCCAUAUUAAUAUUUCCCCCUUCGGAACGCAACGAACAAAUCGAACUCAGCAUCAAGCGAGAGAUGGUGGCCCCUUCCAAGCACGCGCUCGUAGUCGGAGCUUCCUCCGGCAUUGGCCUCGGGGUGGCCAAGGAGCUGGCGCCUAUUGUUGCCAAGCUCACCCUUUGCUCGCGAUCGUACCCGGAGGAGCCACUGAAGACCAUCAAGGCGGACAACCCGAACGUGGAGGUUGUUCACGAGAAGCUGGACGUGUCGUUGAUGUACGAAGUGCGCAAGUUCACGACCAAGCACGCAGACACGAAGUUCGACUGGAUCGUCAUGAGCCCGGGCAUCUUCAGCAUGGACGGCAGAACGGAGACGGCCGAGGGUCUCGAUGUGAAGAUGGCCACACACUACUAUGGCAGGUACGCGUUCGACCGCACAGAAGCUCAGCUAGAAUUAGCCUACUAACUCCCAAAACCCUCUCAAUCGUGUAGAUUCAUGCUGAUCCACGAGUUGUUGGGAGGGCUGAACCGUCCUGGCGUUCGUGUUUUGAAUGUGCUCGGCGGGGGCCAAGGUGGUUACGUCGACCUGGACGACUUCGAUCUCAAGCGAACCUACUCACCCAGGCGUUGUGCGCAGGCCACGAUGACGUACUCGUACGCCGCUGCACCUUGGAUCAAUUGUACCUUGUCGCUCAACUAACUUGAACAUUUGUGAUGCCACAGAGACUUGAUGGCGCAGGCCUUCGCCGAGCGCGCGCCCAACGCCUGCUUCAUGCACGCGUCGCCUGGCUUCGUCAACAGUGGAGUGGACAACAGCCUCCUUGGUUUGUCCGCCUCCCGUUGAAGGGGCUCGCCUCAGUGUUCGCCCGCACGCCCGAAACGUGCGCCAAGCACAUGGUGUCGGCCCUGCUCAACGACGACUACGCGAGCGGCUGGAAGCUGCUCGACCAAAACGCCAGGGAGGUAUCCCAGACCCAGUACCAGACCGAAACGCUCAAGGACGCGGUCUGGCAGCACACGCUCAAGACCAUCGACGGCGUCCUGAAGCAGUAAAUGGUCACUUCAACUUCCUCUAUUUAGGAAGCGUCUUCUAUUCGAGCUACCAACACUAAAUCUGUUUAACAAUUUCACCUGCUCGUUGUAUGCAGUUGUUCUAAAAUUUAAAAUGUUUCUUGUGUACGCGUACACCAUCUGUGGAGCUCAAUUGAGCAAAAUUGAGCCCAUGAUCAGCGCUAUCUGCGGUCCCCGGAGCUCGCGCCUCUCGACGCUGCGCUGCGCGCGCCUGCACGUAGGGCGCGCCACGACUGCGGGCACGGAGGACUUCGUCAUCCGGAGCCCCUAUGAACCGAGCGCGCGCGCCAAACUGCGCAUCAGCGAGCCAGGAGCCGACGCGCAGUGGGUCAGCGUGGCCCCAAGAGCCAUCGGCAGCCCCGCGCUGUGGGCCAAGGACAUGCCGCGCGUGGACACGAGCAAGGCGCUGCUGGCUACGUACACCAGCAACUUCAUCCAAGCGGCCGUGAACCCGGCGGCGCCCACCAAGGCGGGCGAGAAGCAGGGAUACGUGGAGGCGCUGGCGCUGAACGAGGGCGUCGAGGACCUGGACAUCCCGCGCGAGUGCAUCGUGGUGUCCACGCUCAUUGGCAGCAAUGUGGUGCACCCAGCCAACCCGCAGGCGGACGACCGACUCACCAAGGGGUACGUGACGAGGGGCGUGGAGAUCACGAGCCAGGAGCUGGAUGUCGAGACAUUGGACCACGUCGUGUGUCAGAUCCCGGACGAGCUGGCGCUGGUGUCGAGCAAGCACGGAGAGCUUAUCGAAAAGCUCAAGGCGACGUGCGAUGCGCUGGAGACGCUGUGCAGCGACGGUAAGGUGCAGAGCUACGGCUUCGCGCUGCCAGGCUUCGAGUCGACGAGCAAGCCGCUGGAGGAGCUGGUGGAGAAGACCUUCACGCCGCUGUCCGAGCAGUUCGGACGGUUCGCGUCGUUGCAGCUGCCGCAGCACGUGGGCAGUGCGAUCUUCCCGCUGCCUGAGGUAGUGACGCAGUUUAAGAAGGAGCGUGAGAUGCUGCUCAUCGGUGACCGACCGCUGGAGGCGAUGCUGUCGAGCGGCAACCCGUUCCAUCUCAAGACGUACAAUGACGUGACUGGUGAGGACGUGGCGCUGCUGCUCAAGACGGCGUUCAACCUGGGUAUUGCUGUGGAGAAGAAGUACAUGGAGAAGAUUCGCCCCGAGAACGAGCACCUGGACCUCCCGCCAGCGGAGGAGGUCGCGUGGGCCCACAUCCUGGUCAACCAGCACAGCCAGUUCGACAACCUGCAGGUCUGGAUGUACGUCCGCGAGACGCAGAUCUACCCUCGCGUGGAGGCGACACUGAAGGCAUUCGGCAAGCACAAGGAGACUGAGGAGCUGGGCUUCGCCUACUCAAUGGCCAUGAACCAGUUGCUCAAGUGCUUCACCGGCUCCGUCGAGGUACGUUGACGCAAUUGGCAGUACCUUUCAUUCAUGCUGCUUGAGGCCUGACACAACCAUACUUUUUCUUGCUUGACUAUGGUACUGUAGCUGGUGGACGCGGACCGCGCGGCAAACAUCAUGAGCGCGUGGAAGGAGACGAA